AUGCUAGGUCGUCCAAGCGCCGCGGUUCUCUCUCUUCGCCCCCUCGUCGCUCCUCCCGCCCCACUCGCUCGUCCUCAUACGACUCCUCACCGACGACAAGCAUCAGCGCCCAGUCCAGCAGCUUGGAAAUGCAGCUUCUCGACCCAGCGGGCGCCGGACGCACUUGCAGCUCGCACACCCAGCUCUUCCUCGACCUCCCCUCCUCGCGAAUCUCCCUAUCGCUCGGCAAUCCUCCAGCACAGACGGCCUCGACAACGACGAGACGACGUCCUGACACCCCUCCAGUACCUUACUCGGCGAAGCUACCAACAUUCAUCUCCUCACGCGCCCGCAAACCGGAAACGAGCAGCGGAGGAAGGGACUUCCGGACCACCUGCUACGACGACGACAUCCGGUUCAGGCGAGCUGGAUAGCGGAGGGAUCGCGUAUAGCAGGCACGAGCUACUGGCGGAUUGGCAUUCGUUCGCGAGGAAGGUUAGCCCGCUGGAUGUGCGGUGGCAUGGCAAGGACCAGAUUGACGCCAAUUACCUCCUCGUGUACCCGGACGGCAAGAUCGAGGAGCCCGCCGAAAAGCUCGACAAGCAAGCCGUCAUUGAGCGCUUCGGCCUCCUCCCCCGCGACCUUCGCUCGCUCGACGCGCACAUCCUCGACGUCCGACCGGCGCUCAUCAUCUGCCAGAAAUCGCUCAUCCUCUGCUCGCCUAUCGUUCGGGCUAUCAUAGCGCCCGACGUGAUGGUUCUCAUCGGGACGGACAAGAAUAACCCGAUAUGCGACGAGGAGCAGAGUCGACAGAUGGCGGACAGCUUGCAGACGGUCAUGAAGUACCUCGAGCUGUCUGGCAGCGCGUCGGGAAGCAAGAACACCCCGCCUUUCGAGCUGCGCGCUCUCGAAGCUCUCCUCCUCCUCACCGUCCGCGGCCUCAAGAACGUCGUCACCGAGCUACAAGAACGCGUCUACCGCACAAUCCCUCAACUCCGCUUCGGGGUUUCGCCAGCCGAGCUGCGCGAUUUGCUAGAGUGCAAGAGGACGGUCGAGGAUUGUUUGAUGAGCGGACGGGCGAUGCAGAGUGCGUUGGCAACUGUUUUGGGAGAAGACGACGAUCUUGUCGCGAUGUACCUGACGGACAAGUUGCACGGUGUCAAGCGCGACCGUUCCGACCACCAGAUCGCCGAGCUCCUCCUCGAAUACUACGAACGCCGGCUCGACGAGACAUCCGAGUCCUGCGAGCGCCUCUCGACUUUGCUGAGCGAAGUCGACUCGAACAUCUCGCUGGUCUUGCAAAGCACGAGGGUCAGGCUACAGAACCUCGAGCUGCAGACUGCGAUUGGUACGCUCGCUCUCGGCGCCGGCGCAGCAGUAUCGUCUGUCUUCGGCAUGAACCUCGCUUCCCACCUUGAGGAACACCCGACCGCGUUCUACUGGACGACCGGAUCGAUCGCGACACUCAUGAUCGGCAUCACGGCCAUCUGCUGGGUGCGCCUGAUCCGCGCGCGACGCUCGCAGCUCUUCCUCCGCUCGACGCUCCAGCCGCGCCAAGACGAGGAGCUGACGAACAACUGGCGAGCUGGGCCAGUGUCGCCUGUCAAGAAAUCGGAUAUCCGGGACGUUGAUGUGCACAAGGAGGUUGAGGAGGCGGCGGGGGUGGGCAAGCAGAAGGGUGCGGGUGGGAAGAAGGGUGACGAGGGGAAGGAUGAGGCGCACCCGAUGGCCAAGAAGGACGGCACGACGCUGUAG